GAUCAUACUGCAAAAUCCUACUCGUCUUCCACCACCAGGAGAAACGGCGACACCACCAAUCCCUAGCAGCAGCAGCGGGGGCCGCUUCGGCGCGCGCGGGAUCCAGGAUCAGCAGCAUGGAGCCAGCCCGGCGAUCCGCCGCCGCGUCGUCGGACGACGGCGGCUCGUCGGUGGCCGGAUCGGACGCCGAGGACGACAGGUACCUCAGCGCCAGCUCCGCGCUCGGCACGCCCAGCUCCCUCGCCACCCUCCUCCCCUCCUCCGACCUCUGGGAUCACCAGAUGGACAUCCUCCUCCUCGACGACCCAGCCGCCGCCUUCCCCAAGAGCCACCAGUUGACCCGCCUCCAUCCGCCGCCGCCGUCCGAUCCUCCUCCCGCCGUGGCCGGCGACGCUGUUCUCCCGCGGCCUGAGCCGGAUUUGGGAUCGCCGGCUGCCCCGCGUAGCCCGGAUCCCACCCAGGUGGACAACCUUGAUGACAGUCAUUUAUUUGAUGAUAUGGUUCAAGAGAUGGAACAGAUUCUGCUCAAUUCAGGGGAGCCCCAUGAAAUUGGAUCUUUUGCAGAUUAUCGUGUAAAUAAUUCUUCCCAAGCUCAUCAUUUCAGAGAUGGAAGCACCACUGCCUCUACUUCUGGUACAGAUGAUGCUUUUGUAUAUCCCUGUCCUCACCAUCCUUCAAAAAUUGAUUGGGUGGAGGUUGUGGGAGCAAAGCAAAGAACAGGAGACGUUUCUUUUGGUGAGCGAAUCGUUGGGGUCAGAGAGUAUACUGUUUAUUUGUUAAAAGUGAAGAGCGGAGAAGAUGAGUGGGAAAUUGAGCGCCGAUACCGUGAAUUUUAUGCUUUCUACCAAGAGCUCAAGCUCUUUUUUUCUGAGAAAGGUUACAAUCUGCCUCCGCCGUGGAGAAAUGUUGAAAAAGAAUCUAGCAAAAUAUUUGGGAAUGCAUCCCCGGACGUUGUCAAUGAGAGAAGUAGUCUAAUUCAAGACUGUCUGUGUUCUUUGCUUGUCUCUAAUUACCAGUUUGGAACACCUGCUCCUCUGGUUAGUUUUUUGUCACCAGGGAGUCCUGCUUAUGAUUAUAGCUUGUUAAAAACUCUUAUUCCAAGAUCUUUGCAAAGGCUAAGCAGUGAUUCACAUUCCAAAGGCUCAAGCUGCAAUGGAGCUUCACUCAAAGAUUCUGCCUCAAUGGGCAAGACUAUAUCACUUGUCGUGGAAGAUAGGCCUCGAAAGUCCACUAGGCAGUUGUUAGAGUUACAACACUACAACUGUGCUGGAUGUCAUAGGCAUUUGGAUGCUGGGCGAACAAUGCUGCAAGAACUUGUGCAAACAAUUGGAUGGCACAAGCCUCGAUUUUGUGCUUACACUGGCCAGUUGUUUUGUGCUUCUUGCCACACGAAUGAUACUGCAGUUCUGCCAGCAAAAGUCCUACACCACUGGGAUUUUUCUUUAUAUCCAAUUUCCCAGUUAGCAAAAGCGUAUUUGGAUUCCAUCUAUGACCAGCCUAUGCUCUGUGUAAGUGCUGUCAACCCUUUCUUGUUCGCGAAAGUGCCAGCUCUACUUAAUAUCAUGAGUAUUCGAAAGAAAAUAGCAGCAAUGCUUCCUUGUGUCCAAUGCCCUUUCCGGAAUUCUAUAUUUAGAGGGCUAGGAGUUCGAAGAUACCUUCUUGAUGGGAAUGACUUCUUUGCGCUCCGUGACCUUGUUGAUCUUUCAAAAGGGGCUUUUGCAGCACUUCCAGUUAAAGUGCAAACCAUAUCAAAUAGGAUACUUGUACACAUCACCGAACAAUGCCUUGUGUGCUACGACUCGGGCGUUCCUUGUGCUGCUCGACAAGCUUGUGAUGAUCCCCUAGCACUCAUAUUUCCGUUUCAGGAGGACGAGGCUACAAAAUGCGGUUCCUGUGGAUCCAUCUUCCACAAGCAAUGCUUCAGGAAGAUCAGCACAUGUCCUUGUGGUAAGGGUGCUGCCAGCAAAGGCAGGAAAAUUGCUCCGCUUGAACAAGCAGCACGUGACGAUGCAAGCAGACCAUCAUCAACUGAGUUGAUCCAGCCCCCGUCGUUCUCUUCGUCAUCUGGAUUUUUCUCCGAUAUCAUCUCAAAAGCUAGGCCAGAUAAGCUUUGGAAACCUAGAAACAACAACACUGUAAUUCUUAUGAGUUCUUUGCCAGAUACGUCGACAUGACAUGAGCUCAGCUGUAUGCUCAUGUUUCCAUUGUUAUUGCUUUUUUUGCGCCUUGCCUUUGAGAUGGUAAGCCGCACUGUUGUUUUGUAUGUAAUAAAAUGUAGCAAUUUUGUGCGUAUGUUUGCAUCAAACAAAUUACAGGAUCAGUUACUAUCUAGCGAAAAAUACUUAAAACGCAGAGUUCCAUUUUUACAUAUAUUCUUAAUUAGAUAUCCACU